CGUUCCCGUUUGGUUCAGUGAUUGACUUUAUUCGCAAUCUGUGUCAGUAGGCCACUGCUUGGUUUCUGAACAUGGAGCUAACCGCAGCUGCGUCUGCGCGUCUUGUAGAAUAUCCCAUCUCAUCUCCGCUGCUAAAACCCAGGGUUAGGGUUUCUCAGAGACCUCUCGCUCCCACUCUCACUUCUUUUCCCAAGCGCCCAAUUUUCCCACCAAAUCAUCGCCAGCUCCUGACAAUGUCUCAGGACCCACAGAGAUCAAUUUCCUGUGCCGCUUUGGUCGACGAAAAUGGCUCGACGAUAACCGCUUUUCCGUUCGGCGCAGGGGCUCGGAUUGGGGAGGUCAAGAGGGUCACGAAGGAGACCAAUGUGUCGGUGAAAAUAAACUUGGAUGGUUCGGGGGUUGCUGAGAAUAAUACUGGGAUUCCCUUCCUUGAUCACAUGUUGGAUCAACUUGCUUCGCAUGGGCUGUUGGAUGUGCAUGUGAAAGCUACUGGGGACAUCCACAUUGACGAUCAUCACACUAACGAGGAUGUCGCUCUUGCCAUUGGAACGGCUUUUUUGCAGGCACUUGGUGAUAGGAAAGGAAUAAAUCGGUUUGGUGACUUCUCUGCUCCUCUUGAUGAAGCACUAGUACAUGUUGCGCUGGAUUUAUCUGGCCGACCACAUCUAAGUUAUGAUCUGCAUAUACCUACUCAGAGAGUUGGAACAUAUGACACUCAGUUGGUGGAGCACUUUUUCCAGUCUCUGGUGAAUACUUCUGGCAUGACACUUCACAUUCGCCAGCUUGCUGGAAGAAAUUCUCACCAUAUAAUUGAAGCAACCUUCAAAGCUUUUGCAAGAGCUCUUCGACAAGCAACAGAAUAUGACCCACGUCGCCGUGGGACCAUUCCAAGUUCAAAAGGAGUGCUAUCACGUUCUUGAUUCUUAAUCAUCAUGCUAAAGGUAGAUAAUGUUAACCAUAUAUCCUCAUUUUCCUCAAGCAUGCUACUGGGAGAAUUAAGUUGAUGAUCCCACGUGUAUUGUGCUAUUGAUCACUAGUUGAAGCUCCGCCUUGCUGAGAUAAAACAAUAUACAGACAUGGGUGCUACUGCAUGAGCGAUGGGUGUCCAACACAGAAGUUAUCAAGGACAGAUGGUUGCUUGUAUGAGUAGUUGUAGACCUAAUACUGUAUCGAUCAACAAUAAAUGAGUCCUCGGAGUUGCAUUUUGGUGCUCCUAUUGUUAUCUAUUUGUUGUUGAGGCCUAUCAAUCAUUGAACAUUUGAACUUGCAGAUUUAUCAAUAUACAUGGCUUUGGUGCCAACAUAUUGUUAUAUUUUGCCCUCA